ACCCAACACGUCGCGCACAAAACCGCCGACCAAAGCUCGCGCACACGCGGCGGCCGCCUCGCGAACCCACCCGCCGCGCCCUCUCUCCCAUUCCCCACUCCCCCGUUCGCCGGCGGCGGCGGCGGCCGGAGGCCCGAAGGCGCAUGGGCCAGGCUCUGCGCCGCGCCUCGGGCCGCGUGAGGCCCCCUCCUGCGCCCUCGCCCCCGGCGAGGCCCCCUCCCCCGCCUCCGCCGCGGGCACCGCCGCCGGCCGCUGGCGGCGCGCCGCAGGACCGGGUCGACACACCCACCAAUGGCGAUGUCACAGUGCCAACAAAAAAUGCCCAUGCUGUACUUGAGGAACGUGAUCCAAGUUACGACGAGAUGCUUAAGCACAUGGUUGGGAGAAUCACUACUAAGCCUGGAGGAAAACCAGAAAUGGGUAAUGCUUCCGUUGUACAGCGGUACGACAGGCCGCUCCCAAAGGUGAGAACAUCGAAGGCUGAACCUGGGCAAAGCGGGAGCAGGCAGCUACCAUCAGGAGCGCUGAAUGUCCAGCACAUCCAGGAGAUCAUCCAACUGUACCAAGGCAAGUCCAGCACCCACCACGGCCCGAUGAGCGUGGACGACAUCGCCUCAAAGUUCAGAGUCGAGGCCUCCGUCGUCCGGAACAUCGUGCAGUCUGUCUCGUUGCCCCAGGACGAAACCCCCAAGAAGAAAGAGGAGUACUGAGAGUCCGUGUGACCCUGCGGCUGACACUAAGCCCUGUUCUCUGUUCUCAAGUUCGUAGUGCCUUUUAGGAUUUUGUUUGUUGUUGUUGUUGCUGCCCCCUCUCCUGCUGGCUGCUGAGAUGAGACGAUGGAAAUCGAAAAUACGCGUGUUUCCGUACCUGAAUAAAGAUGACCGUCUGCGUUUUUUUUUACCCGACGGGCUUGUCAUGCUUAUGAGUUAUGAUGGA